CAUCUUAAUUCCUCUUGGAUUUUGAUUGUUGAACAUUGAUUGUGCUGAUUCAUUGAUCUUUACAAUCAAUUUCUACUGUAGUUAACUAAUCAACAACUUUUACAUCGCUCUUUUAAUUAGAUCAACUAUUCGCUAUUCACUUGUUACUUUAAACACCAGUAAGUUAGUUAAUUAACUUGAUUAAGUUGUGGAAUUGAUUAAUCAACGUGACAUAAAACAAAAUGUACAAUAUUUUUAAAUUGGCUUUGUUUCUGAUCUUUGUUGAAUGUGUUCACAAUGAUGCAGAGAUGCUCCGUCCUAAUUUGGAUCGCUAUCUGAUUGCUGAUAAUUGUAUCACUUACUUACAAAAUCAAAUUAACAAGGAGCUACAAGCCAGUCUUGUCUAUCUUAACAUGGGAUCGUAUUUUGGUUCUAAUUCUGUGGCUAGAAAAGGUUUUUCCAAAUUUUUCCAUGAAUCCUCAAAGGAGGAAAAUGAUCAUGCACGUAAGCUAAUUGAUUACAUGAGCAGAAGAGGAGCCAAAGUAUCAACAUUUGAUGUUCAGAUGCCAACCAAAGAUACUUGGCCUGAUGGUAAAACCGCACUUGAAGAUGCUUUGAUCCUCGAGACUCGAAUCAACAACGAAAUUCAUAAAGUUCAUUACAAAGCUGAACACGAAUGUAAAGAUCCCCAUUUGAUGGAUUUUCUUGAAACUGAAUUCAUGGAGGAACAAAUUGAUUCAAUUAACCAACUUAAACGUUUGGUUGCCAUCAUCUCCAAAAUGGACUCAGGGAUGGGUGAAUAUCUAUUGGAUCGUCAACUUUUAGCUGGUUCCGUUGGUAAAGAUGAACUUUAAACAUCUCGGAAACGGAAUUGAUGAGAUUACUCUUGAUGAUGAUUUUGUCACAGAUGAUGAUGAUUAUAAUAGUUAGACUAAUAUAUAUUUCCACAUGAAAUAAUGAAUCACUUUAUCCUUUCCAAUAAAAAAACACACCAAUUCAAACGUUA